UGUCCGUGUUCUUGUUGAUCGUUGAAGGCGUGCGUUGCAGCAGUGCUGAAGGAUAACGUGUUAAUGAACGAGUUCGGUAGCGAGCAAUCGGAAUUGAUAGUUUUGAAUUAAGAAGCAACAGAAGCAGCAUCAGCAUCAGUGGCAGUUGACUCUCUGCUCACUGCACUGUGCCACAGUUGGUCGUGUGUAACGUGUGAAAGUGAGGUGCAAACGUGUUCGAGACUGACACUUGCCGUGAGAAGGCGACGCAACGACGACGACUCCCGCUGGCUGACAGGCGAAAUGCAGUGAAGUGUCUGUGUGAUUGUGUGUGCGUCGUGUGUGCGCCCGGUUUUACCCCGAAAAGCAAAACACUGAAGCAUUGGACAAAUCCUUAGUCAGCAACGAUGCUGGUGUGGGCAGUGGGUGGCCGACGAGGAGCGAUGAGCCAUCACGCGGCCAACCGGAACGCGUCGCACUACCGAAGGGAGCGUACGAUAUUGGCCAGUACCACGCCGCCAGUUCCAGCGUGCUACGUGCUGGCAACAGGUUGCAACCGAUCACCUUCGCCGCCAGUGCUGCCGAGUGCAUAAAGCGCCAACAGUUAAGGAAAAAAAAGAGUGUCCAAAAAAAGGGGGGCACACAGCCGGGAGAAGAGGUACUGCUCUCCACCGGAAAAGGAACCAAAAGUGUCCGAAAAAAAAGCAAAACGCGAGUGUUAGAACCGAACCGUUGGUGUGCGAAAUCGUGUUCGAGAGCGGCAACGCGGGCUCUUUGCAUUUUCUCUUCCAGUAGCGACAGCAUAGCCGGGAUCUGGUAUCCCGGUCACCCUGGAGUGCUAGCACCUCGUCGAGGCAUCGUCAUGGCAGGGACUGCGGCCACCGGGAUCGAUCUGCGUUAUCUCUGCCGCUGCUGCUGCUGGUACCGGUGCCGCUACAAUCAAGGGCAUCCACUUCUGGCUGUGAUAUUCAUCUUUAGUAUCGUAAUGGGAGCACCACACACCGCGGAGAUCGCGCAACGUGCGGUGCUGGGGCUGGGACAUCAGCCAACUAGUGGCAGCUAUCAGCCGUCGCCGCCGCCAUCGCCGCAUCCGCAUCCACAUCCGGCGACCGGAUCGUCAUUCGGCGUACCGCCACCAUCGAUGGCCGCGUUUCCGCCGGCGGCGGCGUCGGCGUCCGGGCCGAACAAGCUCUUCACCACCGCCAACAACACGAAAGUCACCGCACAACGGGGCGGCACGGCGUUACUACCGUGCAGCGUCAUCAGCCAAACAGUGGCCACGGUAUCGUGGAUCCGUCGCCAGGACUUUCAGCUACUGACGGUCGGGCUGUCGACGUACAGCAGCGAUGAGCGGUUCAUGGUGGCACAUUUGCGCCACUGGGGCCUCUGGGCGCUCCGGAUUAAAUCGGUGCGCGCCGAGGACGAAGGCAUCUACGAGUGUCAGCUAUCCGUUCAUCCCGUGCAGUCGGUGUUUGUCGAGCUUAAAGUAGUAGAAGCUGAAGCCGAAAUCGUAGGAGCACCGGACCUUCACAUCGACGAGGGUUCUACGCUGCGAUUGGAGUGUAAAUUACAACGUGCCACAGAGAAUCCCACAUUUGUGUUCUGGUACCACGAACAAGAUAUGGUGAACUUCGAUCAGCUGAACGGAUUUUCGGUCACACCCUUCCAACCAUCGGUUACCGGUGGCCAUCACCACCAUCUACAACAUUACCUGCCCCAUCCAGUGCACGGCCACGAUGCGCUACCACACUCGGCCGAAGAAGACGAGGACCAGGGGGCCGACUUUAGUCUGGCGGACGACGAGGACGAACUGCAACGUUCGUUAAAGCUGGACCAACGGAUCCCUUCCUCAUCGGCAUCAGCAUCGUCUUCGCUGCUGCUCGCAUCACUGGCCGCUGCCGCCUUCUCGGCUCACUCCUACCAACAUCUGGAGUCCCGUGGAAUGGCGGACCUGGUGGAUUCGUUCGAGCUUCAAGAUCCGGUCGAAGUGCCCGUAACCGAUUCCUCCUCGUCCGAUGCCACGGACGCCCAGUUGCGUCCUCAUAAUCAUCAUCAGCAUCAACGGCCACAUCACAUCCAUCAUCACCAUCAACACCAGCAUCAGCAUCACCAUCAGCAUCACCAUUUUCCACGGGGUGCGUGGCCAGCGAACUACACCAGUCCGCUGCUGUACUCGCACAUCCUGUCACCGGCCCCGAGUGUGCUGACGAUCCGGAAGGUUCACUUCAAGCACGCCGGCAAUUACACCUGCGCCCCUUCGAAUGCCCGUCCGGCCAGCAUCACAGUGCACGUGCUGCAAGAUAAGAAACCGGCUGCCAUGCAGCACGCUAACCGCAGUCAGCUGGAUGAUGGCGGUAAGCAGUCGAGGAGCGGUGCUGACCACCAGGCCGGUCCAAGCGUGAUGAUUGUCGUUGUUGCGCUGCUCACAGUCACGGGCGAGUGGCUGGUGGCACGCCACUUAUGUAGCAGACGAACGUUCACGCAUCGGUGAAACAGAAUGUGAAUUACACUUGUAAUUAUGAUAUAAAUACAGAGAAAAAAAAAACAAUCAAACCACAGCAGCAGCAGCAGCCAUGUGCUGUCCGCCAAGAGGCCAAGAUGCUGGGAUGAGCACAAUGUAGAGAGAAUCUAUUAUUUUGCUAAGGUCGAACGGUAGAAAAAGUUAAUAUAAAGGAGAGGAAUAGGAGGAAAAUAAAAGUGAAACAGUAUUUUCAUCCAACUGCAUUUAAGGGAAAUACUAGAAUAUAUUCAUUUGACUGUGUCAAUGUGCAGUUGGUCUGUUGGUCCUUCGUCCUGUCCUUUGCCAGUAGCAACAACGAUGCAGAAUGUGUGGCUAUGGCGCACUCUGUUUUACACACGUCUUUUGCUCUUCUCCCUCCACCUCCUCCUCCUCCUCCUCCUCUACAAACGCACUCUUUCUCCCGAUGUCCAACAAAAAUCGACAGGAAGUGGUGGUAGCGAGUAGAUAGUGAAAAUGUUUGUUAUAUCGCAACGGCAACAACGGUCGAGGUACGGUCUGUCAUGAUGCGCGUGUUAUGCGCACCAGGGGUGAAAAUAGCGGGACAGCGAGG